AUGUUUCCUGUCGUUUUGUCAAACACCCUUUAUUCGUAUGAGAUGACACAGUUUACGUUUUGCGACCGACUUUUCAGACGUGGAAAUUCAACAUACAAUGCUGCAAUAUGGAGCGCGCAAAUGUCGCAACUUGCCUCCCCAGUAAUGUGUCACUCUCAUAAUGAUUACUGGAGACCUCAUCCUCUCUUUUCAGCGCUUGCUGUAGGUUGUGCAAGUGUUGAGGCAGAUGUAUGGCUCAGUCCAGAUGGACAAGACCUUCUCGUCGGUCAUGACAGACGCUCACUCUCCUCGAGUCGCACACUACGAUCACUUUAUAUCGACCCGCUAUUACAGAUCUUGAACACAAUGAAUCGGCCAUGCUCACACGAAGCCUUCGAUUCCACUGCCCAGGCCUCUGGUGUCUUUGUCACGGAGCCGGAUACAACGUUGAUACUGUUCAUCGACGUGAAAGACGACCCAGUAAAGACAUGGCCUUUGGUUCUUCAGCAACUAGGACCUUUGCGCGAUUUGAGAUACCUAUCUCGCCACGACAAAACUAUGGCUACAAAUCAGACAUUCUGGCCUGGACCCAUAACUAUAGUAGGCACAGGAAACAUUAUUAAACGGCGCGACAUAAACAUUGGCACGGAUCUUGAAGAAUGGCAGCAGCGCCACGAUGCUUUUCUCGAUGCCCCCUUGGAUCUGCUCACUGAAACAGGCUUCAUCCAAAGCAACGGGUUCUACGGUCCCUACGAAUUGGAACAUGAAUUUUAUACCGCCUCUGCCCCUCUCAGCAAGGCGAUUGGUAGUGUUCGGGCGGGGUUCAGCACCCAGCAAAUGGAAACUCUGCGGAACCAGCUUCGAAUCGCAAAGCACCGAAACUUGAAGUCGAGACUAUGGGGGUUGCCCGAUUGGCCGAGAGGGCAUAGGGACUACGUAUGGAAAGUACUUGUGCAAGAGGAGAUUGGUCUACUGAAUGCAAAUGACAUUGCCAGUGCAGCGAGUAUGUAUCGACAGCUGAGGUACUUGAGGGAAGCUGUAUGA